AUGAAUUGUUCUUAACAUGUUGGAAGCCAAAUGAUAGACAUGGCCUCUCAAGUAUUCAAAUAAAAACUUUGCACAGAGUGCAUAUAUGAACAUGAUGCAAAGGUAAGACUAACAUAACCCAUGAAUUUUCCCAUAAAUUAGUUUUUUGAAUUGAUGACCAAAAAGUUAAAAGGAUACAAUCUGCAUAAGAUGAGUUUUAAGUAACUACUUUCUUAAAUCGAAAUUAAAAUGAAAGAAUUAUGGGAAGAUAUAUUUGAAUCUAUUAAAUAGAUUUAAGAUCAAAUUGAAUAGGAAGAAUUAUUAUAUCAUCAGCUUUUGGAAACUAUAGGAGAAUCAUCCUCCUUUAAAAAUUUAGAAAAAUUAGUUUAAAUCUUAGAUGAAAGAUAUUUGGAAGAUUGGGAUACUUAUAAAAAUGCUUAUUUAAUUCAAUUAAAGAAGGUAAAAACUUAUUUUGAAGAAGAAAUAAUCAAUUUAAGUAAGAAAGUCAAAGAAUAAAUUCAAGUAGAAAUCUCUUAGUAAUUAAUAUAAAUUUAUUUAGAAUUAAACCUAUAGAAAAUCACCAAAAGAAUUAAGGAAAAGAGCUAAAAGUUUUGAAUUGGGAUUAAAAAACUGGAAGAUAUAUUUAGAAUAUAUUCUAAAUAGCUAUUAAAAAGAGCAUACUUUAUUUAAAAGAUGGAUAAUUAAUUAGAAUGUAUUUCCUAUAUUUACUUAAUUAGGGAUUAACUGAAUGACACUUUUUCUUAGCAAGACAUAUUGAAUAAUUUAGAUUAAAUAAAUUAUCUUAAUUGGUCUGGAAAUUAUGGGAAAAAUAACCAAAAGGAUGGAAAAUGGAUAGCUAAAUGGAACGGAUAAACUUUGGUUAAUGUUGGAGGUGAUUAUAGAGGUAAAAAAAUUUUUAUUAUACUCAGAUGAUAAAAAGACAGGCUUAUGGAAGGAAAUGAUAAAAAACAUUUGGAGGUAAAAUUUAAUCCUUUUCUAAAUAAUAGUGAAGCUUAAGUAUUUGAAGUAGGAGAAUAUGUAAAUAAUAAUCGUAUAGGAAUUUGGAAAAUUUUUUAUAAAGAACAAGAGAUGUAUAAAAUGAUUAGAUAAAUAUAAAAUAGUGGUGGUGGAGAAUAUAACCUUAAAAGUGAAAAGAUUGGACUAUGGUUAGAAGUAAAUGAAAGUUUUUGUGACUUCAACUAAGUCAAAUUUAAGGGUGAAUAUAGAAGCAACUAAAAAAUUGGUAGAUGGGAUACUUUUUUACACAAUUAAUAGAUGUAAAAUUUAAGUGAUAAAAUUAGUGGUGGUGGCUCAUAUUUUGAUGAUUAAUAAGGCGUCUCAUUUAAAAGUGGUGAUUGGAUUGAAUUGAGUGAUAAAAUUAAUAAGGAUUACCUAAUUACUUUUCAUGGAAAUUAUAAAGAUGGUAAAAAGGUGGGUUAAUGGGAUUUAUUUAUUAAAGGAAUUUGGAAUUAAGAUUUUAUAAAAAUGUAUCAAAAUUCUCUAUAUAAAAUAUCAAUUAGUGGAGGUGGUGAAUAUAAUUAUGACUUUUAAAAUUUUUCCUAAGGUUCAUUUAAAAUCGGUAAAUGGUGUGUGCUAUGUGACCAGACUAACUAUUAUUCCAUCUUACUUUAAAAUGGAUAGUAUUAGAAUGGGUAAAAAAUAGGCAUAUGGGUUCAAAAUUGGUAUAAUAAUAAUAAUGAAGAAAUGUAAGAAUAAAUAUUUUUAACAAUUAUUAGAGGAGGUGGAUAAUAUAAUAAGGAAAAAAUUGGAAAAUGGAUAGAACCGUGUGAUCAAUUUAGAUGGGAUUAGUAAAUUAUACAAAGUGGCAAUUAUUAAAACGGUAAAAAAUUUGGAAGGUGGAAUAUAUUGUAGAGGUUAAAAAGCUGUGAUUAAUUUACAUCAAUGUAAUUAAUAAUUAAUAAAUCAAUAGCGGUGGUGGAUUAUAUGAUUAAAGCACUGGCUUCAAAAUUGAGAAGUGGGUUGAGUUUUCUGAUUGUUUUUAUUAUUAGGGGGAAUAUAAUUUCAAAGGCUAAAAAGUUGGGAGAUGGGACAUGUUCGAAAAAUCUAAAGUUCAUUUUUUGUUGUGGUAAAGAUAAUAUUAAUUGAUUUAAUUAGUGGGUGUAUUUAUUAUGAUUCAAAUGGAAAAGUACUUUACAGUUACGAAAAGUAUUCUUUUUAGAAUAAGUUUUAGGGAACCUAUAAUUUACUUUGGAAAUUUCAAAUAAGGAAAGAAAAAUGGAAGAUGGGAUAUUUACGAAAAAUCUAAUAAUCAUAUUUUUUUAUGGUAACUAAAUAUUUUUUGGAUUUUUUAGUGGUUGUAUAAAUUAUAAUUCAAAUGGAAAUGAGAUUUAUAGAAGUGAAAAGUAUAAUUUCGAUAUUAUAAUAUAUAGGGAAUCUGUAAUAUAUUUGGGAGACUUUGAAGAUGGGGAAAAAGUUGGAGAAUGGUAGAUAUUGUAUAGAUGGAAAAAUUAGAAGGAAUAUUAAUAAAUGUAAAAAAUAUAUAUAAUUUAUUAGUGGUGGUGGAUCAUACAGAGGUUAAAUUAAGAUCGGAAAGUGGAUAGAAUUGGAUGAAAGGUUUAAUGAGGAUAAAUAAAUCAUUUAUAAUGGAGAAUAUAAUAUAUAGGGUUUAAAGGUUGGUAGAUGGAAUAUUUUAAAUUUAAAAAAUGAAAUUUAAGAAUGGUAAUCAUAUUAAGUAAAUCAUAGUGGUUGCAUAAAUUUUGAUGAUUAUGGAUUUGAAGUUUAAAGAAGUGAAAAGUAAUUAGCUUUUUAAAAUAAAUAGUACACCUAUUAUUUAUGUUGGAUCAUUCAAAAAUGGUUUCAAAGUAGGUAGAUGGGAUAUUAGAUAUAAGGGGUUUGAUUUCAAAGGAAAUUAAUAACAGGAAUAUAAAUAAAUGUAAAUAAAUCUAAGAAUAGGGGGCCAAUUUUUAAUUAGUGGUGGUGGAACAUAUAGUGAGAAAAAUUAAGUUAAAAUUGGAAGAUGGGUAGAGUUGGAUGAACGAUUUUAUAAUAAUAAAUUAAUCAUUUAUAAUGGCGAAUACAAUACAAAAGGUAUCAAAGUAGGUCGAUGGGAUACUUGUUAUGGUAUUUUUGGAAAUGGAGAAUUUAAAUAAAUGUAUAUAUUAUAUGAGCAUAGGUGAAUAAUUACAUAUUAGUGGGGGUGGAUCAUAUGAUAAUAGAAGGGCUGAGAUUAAGGUUGGAAGGUGGAUAGAGUUGGAUGAACGUUUUCAUUUGAGAAAAUAAGUUUGUUAUUAUGGCGAAUAUAAUAUGAAAGGGAGAAAGGUAGGUAGAUGGAAUAUUAGUUAUGAUAGAUUUGGAAAUGGAUUAUACAAACAAAUGUAAAUAUUUUAUGAAUAUAGGUGCAUCAUGAUAUAUUAGUGGUGGGGGAUCUUAUUAUAAAGGAAAGGGUUCUAUUAAGAUUGGUAGAUGGGUAGAAUUGGAUGAAAGGUUUAAUUGGGAUAAAUAGAUUACUUUUAGUGGUGAAUAUAAUAUGAAAGGGAAAAAGAUAGGUAAAUGGAAUAUUAGUCAUGAUAGAAAAGGAAAUGGAGAAUAUAAAUAAAUGUAAAUGUUAUAUGAAUAAAGGAUAAUGAUAUAUUAGUGGUGGUGGAUCUUAUGAUAAGGGAGGGACUUAGAUUAAGAUUGGAAAGUGGAUAGAGUUGUAGGAUUGGUUUUGGAAUUUUUAAUAAGUCGUCCAUAAAGGUGGAUACAAUACGAACGGGAAAAAGGUCGGUAGAUGGUAUAUUUUAAAUUUAAAUUUUGAAAAUCCAUUAUGGUAAAUAUUAUUCUGUAAUUUUUUUUAGUGGUUGUAUCAAUUUUGAUGAUAAUGGAAAUGAAAUUUAUAGAAGUGAAAAGUAAUUAGCUUUUUUAAAUUAAUAGCAAAUCUAUUAUAUAAGUUGGAUCAUUCAAAAACCAAAUGAAAGUAGGUAGAUGGGAUAUAUUUUUUAAGGGGUAUGAUUCCAAAGGAAAUUAAUUAAAAGAAUAUAAAUAAAUGUAAAUAAAUCUAAGUAUAGGUGCAUGAUCAUAUGUUAGUGGUGGUGGAUCAUAUGGGGAGGGAGAAGAUUAGAUAAAGAUUGGAAAAUGGGUAGAGAUAGAUGAAGGGUUUACAUGGUUGAAAUAAGUCACUUAUAAUGGUGAAUAUAAUAUAUAAGGUAUCAAGGUAGGUAGAUGGGAUAUUAAUUAUUGUAAGAAGAAUGAAAAUGAAUACAAAUAAAUGUAAAUAUUUAAAAAGUAUAGAGCCAUGAUCUUAUGUUAGUGGGGGUGGAUUAUAUGGAAAUGAAGAGAGUUAAAUUAAGAUUGGGAAAUGGGUAGAGUUGUGGGAAAAUUUUGAAAAUUAUGCCUUCAUUCUUUAUAAUGGCGAAUAUAAUAUUAAAGGUAUGAAGGUGGGUAGGUGGGAUAUUAAUCAUGAUAAAUAUUUAAAUGGAGAUUAUUAAAAAAUGUAAAUAUUAUCUCAGCAUAGAUCAAUAAUAUUAUAUUAGUGGUGGUGGAUCAUAUAGUGAAGAAGAUUAAAUAAAGAUCGGAAAUUGGGUUGAAAUUGGAAAUAGAUGGUGGAUAACAUAGACAGGUGAAUAUGAUUUGAAAGGUAUGAAGAUUGGUAAAUGGGUCGAAAUAGAUAUAAAGUAGAGUAAGCAACUAAGUGAAAAUUAUUAUAAGUAUUGAAAUAAAAGAAAAU